AUGUCCUGCUCCAGCCUGUGUGUCCCUUCCUGCGGGGUGGCCGCCCCGGCCCCGCUGGCUGACACGGCCAACGAGCCCUGCGUGCGGCAGUGCCCCGACUCCACCGUGGUGAUCCAGCCCCCGCCCUCAGUGGUCACCUUCCCCGGCCCCAUCCUCAGCUCCUUCCCCCAGCAAGCCGUGGUGGGCUCAGCAGGAGCCCCCGGUGUUGGAGGGGGCUAUGGUGGCACUUUUGGAGGCCGUGGGGGCUACGGGGGCUAUGGAGGUUAUGGAGGCUACUGGGGCUAUGGGGGCUAUGGAGGUUAUGGGGGCUAUGGGGGCUACGGGGGCUACGGGAGCUGUGGCUACGGGGGCUGGUCCCGAGGCCACAGGUACCUCAAUGGCAACUGUGGGCCCUGCUGA